GUGGUCACGGAAAUCUGCCUUGUUCCGUGUGGAAACUUUGCCGGUCCGGGUGCAAAGUUUGAACUCCGUCUGCAAAAGAUCUCUUUUCUUCUGUCACGAUCAAGACAAGAAGCGUCGCGAGUGAGAUUCCGGACUUAAAGAAUGUCCAGAGAAGCUCAGGAAUAGGUGUAAACCGGGCGCGUGCGCGUGUGAGCCGGUUAGCAUUGUUGUGUUUGUUAGCUGUGUGUUUGUUUUUACUCUCCGCCGUACGGUGAAACCAUGGCUUGUGAACCGAACCGCGCCCGUUUGCUGUGCAUGCUUUUAUUAACGUUCAGUUUCUUCGUGGUCGAGGUGGUGGUGAGUCGGCUCACGGCGUCGCUCGCGAUGCUCUCGGACUCUUUCCACAUGUUGUCGGACGUGAUGGCGCUGAUUGUAGCGCUGGUGGCGGUGCGUUUUGCCGAGCGCACACAGUCCACCAACAAGAACACGUUCGGCUGGAUCCGUGCUGAGGUGAUGGGCGCCCUCGUCAACGCCGUGUUCCUGACCGCGCUCUGCUUCACUAUUGUGCUCGAGGCCAUCGAGCGCUUCACCGAGCCGCACGAGAUCGAGAACCCGCUCGUGGUGAUCGCCGUCGGGGCCGCGGGGCUCGUGGUUAACCUGCUGGGUCUGUGUCUCUUUCACGGGCACGCGCACGCUCACAGUCACGGCAAGUCGAAGCACAACAGGACGAACAUGAGCAAGAGCGAGAUGUCCACUGAAUGUGGAUCCACCGGAGAGGAGACCAACAACCUGGUCGGCGGUCACGGUAGCCCGAACGGCGUGAACUCAGACAGCAGAGGACCAGCUGAGCUCUCAGCUGUGCAGCUGAACGGCGAGCUGGAGCACGAGCCUAACCUUGACCUUGAGCACGAGCAUGACCUUGAGCUUGAGCACGAUUCAUCCUCGUCUUCCCAGCUGAACAUGCGUGGUGUUUUCCUUCAUGUUAUGGGUGACGCGCUUGGCUCUGUCAUUGUCGUGGUCAACGCCAUCAUCUUCACCUUUGUGUGGCGUCCAUGUGAGCCAGACCUUCCCUGCAACAACACGUGCAUUGCCAACACGCACUGCAGUGACCAAUAUCACCCUAACCACACACUGGGCUUUGGUGAUGCAGAACACAACAACACAAACACCAUGUCCAACAUAGCGGGGCCCUGUUGGGUGCUGUACCUGGAUCCGACUCUGUGCCUCAUCAUGGUCUGCAUUGUACUGUACACGACGUACCCGCUCCUGAAGGAGUCUGCCCUCAUCCUGCUGCAGACUGUUCCCAAGCAGAUCGACGUGAGCCUCCUAAGCGCUCGCCUGCGGCAGAUCGAUGGUGUUCUGGCUGUGCACGAGCUCCACAUCUGGCAGCUUGCCGGAAGUCGCAUCAUUGCCACAGCACACAUCAAAUGUCGAGACCCAGCUUCCUAUAUGAGCGUGGCAAAGCGCUUGAAGGCCUUCUUUCAUGAUGAAGGCAUCCACGCCACCACCAUCCAGCCUGAGUUUGUCAUGGUGAGCUCUGAGUCACACGCCUCGCUCUGUGAGCUCUCCUGUCGCACACAGUGUGCUGCUAAGCUCUGCUGUCAAAAUGGCAAACCCCCUGACAACAAAAACACAAAUACGGAUAGUGGGAGCGAAGCGGAUCCCCCCAUUUCCAGUACUCUGGAGGUCAUUAGUGAGUCUCUGGAAAGUGAACCUAAAGUUUCAGUUGCUCCAAGUGACCUCACCAGAGAGGUGGAGUCCUCUUUAUAAGGCAGAAUAAGUACAAAGAAUUCAUUAAUAAAGACACCAGAAACCAUAAAUCUAUCCAAAACUACCUGCACACUUAAUGAAUUAGAAAACCAGAGCCAUUUGAGACAAAGAGGGAUGCACCGAACUGAUAUUGAGCUAUGAUAUGAUCUCAGUAUCGAAACACUGGAUCGCAUUGGACACGUCAUCUGCCCCCUUGCUGUAUUUCAUGCCAUCAGCAUUGACCAAUCUUUCAUGUAGACAAUAAAACAGAAUUCAUAUUUCUACAAACUGUCCCUCAGCCGGCUUUGAACGAAGCCGACUGAGGUACAGUUAGCUCGCUAUGAGGACGCGUUUCACUCGUCGGGUGAGAGUGAAACCAAAAGCAAGGGUCAUUCAUUCUAUCCUAACUUGCCAUUACAUCAAAGGUAAAUGAAAGGGAAUAAUGGCAAAAGGGGUGUUUACCUGUGCCCGUGCGCACACACACACACACACACACACACACACACAACCUUCUGUGAUUGUUAAAGUGUAAACAAGGCAGUUACAUGGAGAAAAUGGACGGUUCAAAUUAAACUUGUGGAUUCAUGCCUUUGAGUGGUAAAAGGUGUGAUAACACUGGUGCUAGGAGUAAGGAGCAUCGGAAAAGGCUUCAUUGUACAAUUUAUUCAGUGGAUCCAGAAACUAAAAUGGUAUUGGCGCAUCUAUUGAGACCGUGAUGAGGCAAGAGUGCUUCAACCAUGAAGUGAAUCCACUGGAAAAAUAUUCACAAGAGAAAUUGCUUGAUUGCUGUUCUGACAAAUGAAACAAAUCUCCUCUGUGGUCCAGACACAUUCUACAUGAUCCUCACACACACACACACACACACACACACACACACACACACACAAGCUCUGAAGCGUGAGCUAUCACUGCCUGAUGGCUGACCUCUGAUCAGACCUGCUGCUGCAUGUGUGCGUUGUGAGUGCCAUGUUUGUGAAGCGUUGUCUAAGUCUAAGCAUGUUUGUGCGCGUCUAUGCAAAAAGCUUUUGGCGUUUGAGAAUCUGCUGUGUCGUCAUUAUCUUGUGGAUCUACUGCAACACACGCAUGCAAAUCCAGCUGCAAGUUGCUCAAGUUAAAGGACUUUUCUUUCUUUUUUUUUUCUAAUGAAUAGAUAUUCUUUUCCCAUUCUGGAUACAUCCAUGAUCAAUUUUUCAUAAACAAAUAAUAAUUUAUGUGCUUAAUUUAUUAGAAAUGAUUUUGUUUUCCUUUCCAGAGACUUUUAUAAUAUUUAGAUUUGUUAAUGCAUUUAUAAAAAAUAAGGUGUGAAACUCUUUUCAAAAAAAAAAACUAUGCUGUAAAGUAAAAUAUUUUUACUAGUAUUUUCAACUGUGCUGUGCUGAGACUCGUUAUAUUUCUGAGUACCGUUUCAGCAAUCCUUUAAUGCUGCAAUGCAUUUUUGCAAUCGUUUCAUUUCCUUAUUUUUGGGAAAUGCUGAUGCUUCAUGGGUUGGGGUGUUCUUAUCACAUGAGCAUGACUCGCGUGCUGAAGCAUUAAACGCCAUUGUGAACAAUUCUGGAAGGUUCAGUACAAUGCCGAGGGAUGUUUGGCUUGGGUUUCUUAUACAUUUGUACCUACAAUUCUUGCAUGACCACACAUCACUAGCUUAGUUAGUACAGACAGUACUGUUUUAAGGAGCCCUCAUUGACUUCCACUUGAUUGAAUCCCCUUGUCUGCAUCACUGGAGUAGAUAUUACCCAAUCUGAUCACUUUUUGUGUAAUCUGAUUCUGUUGAUGAUUUAAACAAGAGCAAAAAAAUGCUUAAUAUUUAUAAACCGAACAGGUUUAUUAAUUUGGCCCGUCCAUCUGUACAUGACGGCCAAUUAGCAUGUUAGCAAGUUAACAAGUGGAUGUGAGAAAUCAACAAGGACUUUGCUAAAGCUGCUUCAGCAACAAACUUAACAAAAUAACCCACAGUUUCUCUGCUUUUCUUGACUGAAAAAAAUUAGUUUUAAGCUUUCAAAGUGCUAGUCCUUUCCUGGACCUGUCUGUGCUCCAGAUUAGGCUGACUGUGCUUCUCCUGUAAACUUAUAUAAGUUACUAUCCUUUUUAAACUGCCAUCAGGCUCUAAGGCUGACGAUAAUCCUUUCACAUUGGCUUCAUUUUAAAUAAAGUGGCUCUAAAGCUCAUGUCUUGGCUGAAAUGGGGUCUAGGUCGACUUAUUAAACGUGUCCAUUUCUGUAGAAAAUUCAAUCUGUUUCUGAUAACAGGACAGGGUAGACUGCUGGUUGUGAUGACUGCAGACAAAGCCAUUAUUAACUCCUAGCCAAGGUUCAUGCAUUGGAGCUCAUUCAAAUUAUAAUCUCUAAAAUGAUAAGUGGACAUCAUUUCAAACAAAUUUGACGAGGAUGCACAACUGAUUCAAAUUAUGAUUAUGAACACUCACCUACAGAAUGAUAGCUUUGAUAAUAUGGCAAGGUGUUGUGUUAUAAGGAGUUACUGUUAACACUCUGAAAUGGUAUAUUUAUCUAUGACAGCAUGCCACAGUGUAAAUGAUUUCUCUGGUGCCACAACAAGUUGCCAAAAAGUACAUUUUUUUCAUUUAUUAAUGUGUCCCACAUAGUGCUAAAUCAUACUGACUGUUACAAAGUGCUGACACUGGAGACUCCUUGCAUACAUGUUAUGGAAGGUAUAACCAUAUUAACAAGUACACGUUUUGUGGUGUAUGUAAAUACUACAACCUCUACAGAAAUUAGAAUUUGUUAAAAAUUAGUGAAUUGAUAUAAACCUAUUAUUUGAUUUAGUUGGGGGGGAAAUUAUAAAAUAUAAUUCUGAUAUUCUGACUCUGUAGGAUAAUUGCUAAUCAAAAAGAGCAAACAUACUAGAAUUAAACAAUUUAAACGGAGAUGUAGUUUAGUCCAUCAGCAGGACUGUACGGAUCAGACUGUGUCAUUUACUUGAUCAUAUAAUAUGUGACUCGUGUAUGAAACACUGGCAUGGGUGUAAAUGUUGAGACUUGUGUCUGUGUUUGUGUGUUGUUCUUGUUAUGCACACUCCUCACAACACACUCGUCCCCUUGUGCAAUUAGCACAGAGUGAUGACAAUGGCACAUUGAGAACUAGAAGGAAUGCUGUAUAGGAUUUCUCUUAUUCCUGUAAUGCUGAGCUCUUUAUACAGAGCACUAAAGCAUCUCCACCAUUUUGUUAAUCAACGCAAAUAGAAAGAUACGUAUUUUCAAGCUUGAUGCUUAGCCACAAUAAUUCAUGUCUCAUUUCACUUAUUUCCAUCUCAUCAGUUUAAGUAUGCAAACCAGAUUUUGUCCUCGUUCUGUAACGUGUGUGCUGGUCUUAAACAGUACAAAGUCACUUGUUGAUUUUCUGCCACAUGGUAUAAAUGAAUAAAACAUUUUGGCCAGAAAUUAAACGUACACAUUUGUUCAGUUAUAUUUCUAGUUUAGCAUAAAAUAAACAAACAGUGCAGCCAUUCUCUUAUUUCUAUUUUAAUCGGUUUGCAUAUCAAACUGAUUUGUUUAUACGUUUUCUGACAUGAGUCAAUUUUCACCUGAUCAAUUCAUCUAUCUUGUACCUGGAUUGUACUGGGAUGAGAAUUUAAUCACAUGAAUCUGAAAUCCGAUAGCUGUGUUAAUAUUCAGCUGAGCUCGUUACGUUUGAAUGCCCAGCUUUCAGUGUUGGUCACUAUGAUUUUGCUUUAGACUUUAUUUUCCAGACUGUUUUUAAUCUUGCUUAAUGUUACCAGGUAAUUUCUGCAUUCAUGAAGCAUGUGCUGUACCUUUUGUAUCUCAGACUAUCAGAAGUAGAAUCUGAAGCGAUCAUUGCAUUGUUCAUUUUUGUGUUAAACAUAUCUAUGUGCAAAUACUGAUGAUCAUAACUCAUGAAACAAAAAAAAAUUAAAUGGGGGUCUGUUAUCAUUUAUGGUUCAAAAUGAUGUCAAGGAGUUAAACAGCAGUAGUGCCCAUCAUGAAGCCAGAAUAAUUUCUUUCGCAGCACAUAGUUUAUCACUCUGUAUUACUCUGUAUAUGAGGUAUGACAAAAAAGUUGUACUGCUGUUCAUUAAUUUGGAUGUAUUCUUUUUUUUUUUUAUGCCAUUUGAUUUGAGUUUGUGAUGUAUUGACAUGAAUGUGAGCCAUUUAAAACAUGCAGUAUGCAUAAUGCUAAACUGGAAGAUACAUUAGCCUCAUGACACUAGUACAAAACAAAAAGCAGCAAACUUUAUUUUUGGGCCAAAUUACUUUUUUUUUUUUGAUGAAAUGUGGUUUCCAAAAUGCUUAGCUUGCCCAUACAUUGCUAUUCAUUUUAGUAUUUAACUAAUAAUCCAUUGAUUAAUCUACUUUUAUAUAUUCCUGAUGAGACCAUGUGCAAAAUGCCCCUGUGUUUGUAUUUAAUAGUUACUCUGAUUUUUUUUUUAACCCGAUGCACACACAUUCUCUUUCUAUAUAUUGUAGCUGUAAGGAUUUUAGACUAGAACACACCAGCUGAAAUGUUUUUGAUAUAUUCAUGUUGGAUAUGUUAUUGUGAAUUAAACAUGGCUGUUCAGUA